AUGCGGUUCAUUGAACAGCAUACUUCAAUUCGUGUUCCCCACGUCCUUUACCACGGGAUGACCGAGGGGAGCCCAGCCGGCUUGGGCCCAUUCAUCGUCAUGGAAUAUAUCGAAAAUGACUCCGACCUCGUUGAUGCUUUGAACAUUCCAGGCCGGACAGACAACGACAGACCUAUCCUGGACCCCAACAUCACCGAAGACAGACUGCGAUCAGUGUACAGUCAAAUGGCAGAAAUUCUACUGCAACUGGGAAGGUAUCCCUUCCGCGAGAUUGGUUGCAUAUCAAGCAAAGACGAUGAUGACGACUACGGCGAAUAUGUCGUGACGCACCGUCCUUUGACCAUCAACAUGAACGAGCUUGUCCAGCUGGGUGGAUUUCCUCCGCACCUCCUACCACAGACCUCGUUCAAGACAGCGUCAUCUUAUUUCCUGGCGCUUGCCGAGAUGCACAUGACACACCUCGAGUCCCAGCGCAACAAUGCCGUUACGUCCGCGGAGGACUGCAGAAGGAAAUACAUUGCGCGAUGUCUGUUCCGGAAGCUUGCACGCGAGAAUCGACUGUGCCAGCAUGAACACGGCCCGUUCAGGCUCUUUUGUGACGACUUCCGUCCGGCAAACGUCCUGGCAAAUUCCCAGUUCAUCUACGCUGUGGUUGGAGCUAUAGACUGGGAGUCUUCAUAUGCUGCGCCUGCCGAGUUCGUGUACAGUCCACCGUCCUGGCUCUUGCUGGAGCGCCCAGAGUACUGGGAAGGGGGACUUGACGACUGGGCACGCGUCUACGAUCAACGUCUGCUAGUGUUUCUGGAAGAGCUUCGCAUGCGGGAAGAUGUCACUGUUGAGCGAGGAAUUAUCUCCGAGGCUGACCGCCUGUCGGACCGUAUGAAGGAUAGCUGGGUGAGCGGAGACUUCUGGGUUACCCAUGUCUCACGCAGAAGCUGGGCUUUUGAUAAGAUAUACUGGGCGAAGAUUGAUCGUCGACUCUAUGGAAAUGGUGGUGUGGAAGAUCGAAUGGGUCUGUUGACACCGGGAGAGAGAGGGCAGAUGGAGGAAUUCGUGCAGAGGCGAAUGGCCGAGGAGAGUGUGAUUAAGAUGGCUCUGCUUGACCGCUGA